AGAACUUGGCACAAGAUAAAUGCUCAGGGAAGGGUGCUGUCGCCACCUCUGUGGUCCCUACAAGGUGAGGGAGAGGCCUCAGGCGUGGAGAGUGAAGACAGAGCUGUUCCCACCAAGGUGGGCAAGCGCAGAGGCGGGAACAAGCUAGCCCUCAAGACGGGAAUAGUAGCCAAGAAGCAGAAGACGGAGGAUGAGGUAUUAACAAGUAAAGGGGACGCAUGGGCCAAGUACAUGGCAGAAGUGAAAAAGUACAAAGCCCACCAGUGCGGCGACGAUGAUAAAACGCGGCCCCUGGUGAAAUGACCUCCCCACUCUCGCCUGCCCGUGGGCUCAGACUCUGCGAUGUAUAUAACUAUU